AUGUAUCUUCAUGAGGUCGAUGAUCUCCUGGACCUGUUACCUCUUCUUCUCUUUUCACCACGUCCCCCUGCUGACAUGCGGAACCAACGAAAGCGCAAGCGCGACGCGGCAAGGCUACCGCGUAUCUCCUACGAUGCUGCGACGAGAACUUUUGACCGGUUAUUUAAAGAAGACAGUCUAGAGGGGAUGAAGCAGGUUGUCAGGCGGAAACUCGGUGUCCCUCAUCACGUCCCAGUGUACCUCUCUCAAAUGCGUGAGGGAAAAUCUGUCGAUCUAGAAGAUGAUGACGACUUUGAGGCUUUUAAAUCUGCCGCUUAUUCCGCCUCCGUGAUGGCGGUUCAGGUCACCCUGGGAGGCAACGAGGACGAGUCGGGUUCCAACGACAAGGCUGGACAAUCCUCUUCAUUGUCAAGAUGUUCAAACCUCGCCUCUGUCGUCCGACCUUCUGCUAUAGGAUCUUCCGUUAAACUGGGAAGUGAUCGACCUUUAGGAGUAUUUCACACCAAGUUUUGGGGUACGAGCAUGGAGGAGGAGAGGAAGGCAUGGUCUAAGGCAGAGGGUCAAGUUCCAUGGAACGAGUCGGAAAUGGAUCUGGACGACGACGGAGAGGCGGAUAUUAUUUCUGGGUGCUAUCCUCUCAUUAUCAACAUCAAGGGCAUCAAACCAUCUUCUCUCUGGGUCCGUGCUGAGUACAUUCGCAUUUUCGACGCUUGCGUGCGGAUUUGCCAAGAGGGGACUGGUCGCCGAAUCACGAUGAAACCCCCAAGUUUUGUCAUUACGGGCCAACCUGGGAUCGACAGUAUCACCCUCUUUGUGGAAGAAGGUGCUUAUGAAUUGCCUGCCACCUGGAGACAACGGGACUUUUUCCCCGACGACCCUCUCUGGGUGUUCAUCGACGCGGAAAGUGACUCCGCCACCUUAUCGAAGCUCUUUACUGUCGGCACGAAAAUGGCCAUCUUCUUUACUACUUCCCCAGACGAGGAACGGUGGCACCGAUUUAACAAGACCACAUCACGUAACCUGCUUGUCAUGAAUCCCUGGGGUAAAGAGGAGAUGAAACAAGCUGCACACCUCUAUGGCCUCUCCGAGGACAUUGUCCUUGAGAAGUACGAUUGUUUAGGUCCUAUCCCUCGUUUGUGCAUUGAUUUUAGUGCCACACAAUUAUCCACGUACGAGAGCAUGCCCAGGACCACUUUGAACAGCAUCACCAUAGAGAGUGAUGAACCCCGCGUCGCACUCGCUCUUUUUGGUCUCGCGCAAAGGACAACAGUUCCAUACUCACCUGGUCGCUCCAAUCUCUCCGCACAUCCAGACGAGACUCGCCAACCAACUUCGCAGCUGCCACAGUCGAGGGAGGCCGCAGGUGUCUUCUUUGAGGUGGCCGCCCAGACCCUCUUUGCACAAACCAUAGAGUUGACCCUUUUGCCGAUGGUAAAGCUGGACUCCCGUGGUGAGAAGAACUUGCUCCACUGGUAUUCUAGCCACAUUCCCCUCACCGACCAAGAACUGGAACAGCAACGUACUCAGGUGGUAGCUGAGGAACUCCACAUUACACCGAGUCGGACGAUCGAGUACCCGGAGACGGGGUUGGAUUCCAUCCUCUCCGACGUCUACUACGUCCCUCAGCGACCGAAUGAAGAUGUCGUCGACUCCUUUAUCCUUUCAGAUGGGAAACUCUUCCUAUUCCAAUGCAGCACUGCAAGCCGCCGUUCGAUCAAAUCCAGAAUCACCCUGCUUGCCGCUAGAUGUCGAUUUCCACCGCAGAAGGAUUGGCGCCUCGUGUUCGUAAUUCCACCCAAACAAGCCCUGACUGUUCCUCAGGAGCCGGCUGUGGAGAAAGCUGCGUUAUUUACUGCUGUAGUCGAUAUUAAUCGCAUCAGCCUUUGA